AUGUUCGGGGGCGUAAGCGAUGCGGGCGUGGACUACUUCUUCCUGUCCGCUUUCCAAUACAACGACUGCACGCCGCAACAGCUGGACAAAGUCGCGGCCUUCGACGGAUGCCUUUGGACGGAAGUUCCGCACAGUAUCACGCUCGCUUAUAACGUCACGGCGCAGACUAUGGUGCUGGGGAACCUAGGAAACGGCACGUGGAACAGCGUCUACAUGCUCUUGAGCGUUUCCUCCCUUCCCUUGCCGCCUCCGCCCCCACCUCUAGUUGUUACGUCGUCCCCCCCAGCGGUGAAAACGUCUGGAAGCGGCGACGGAUUCUUAGUGCCGUUGUUAGGAGCUCUUGCGGGCGCAUCGAUAACGACCAAGCGGAUUAUGAAACUAGGGUGCGUCGAUAACGAGGCCUUUAAGGAGCACUCAAAAAGCUGA